AUGCUCAGCCGCCCCGGCGCGUUCCUCGUCGACCUGGUCCCCGCGCUGCGCCACCUGCCGGGCUGGAUGCCGGGCGGCGGGGCGCGCGCGUUUGCGCAGCCGUUCCGGGAUGAGCUGGAGCGGAUGCUCGACAUGGGGUUCGAUAUGGUCAAGGAGCGGAUGGCGGGGGGAGGGGAGAUCGAGCCAUGUUUCCUCGCGUCCCAGCUCGAGGACCAGCAGCACGAAGACCACCUGCUCAAAUGGGCCGCUGUGUCCAUCCAAGUCGGCGGCAGCGAUACGACCGAAGCCACGAUCGAAGGCUUUUUCCUCGCGAUGAUGCUGCACCCAGACGCCCAGGCUGCCGCACGGGCAGAAAUCGAUGCCGUGGUCGGCCGGGAUCGGCUCCCAGCGCUUGGAGAUCGCGCUGAUCUGCCGUACGUCAAUGCGCUGUGCCUCGAAGUUCUGCGCUGGCACAAUGCCUCGCCCACCGGCGUGCCGCAUAGCGCUCCGGCUGAUUUCGUGUACGAGCAACGCGAUGGUCUGGGACCGGUGCUCAUACCCAAGGGCGCGAUGGUCAUCCCCAACGUCUGGAAAAUGAUGCACGAUGGAGAACGGUACCCCGACCCGAUGACUUUCCGACCCGAGCGAUUCCUGGGCGCCGAGGCUCAGGCCGAUCCGAGACAGGUCGUGUUCGGCUAUGGACGGCGGUCCGUUCCAUCCAUCCGCUCGCUUAUGAAAUGGCUCACGCAUACCGUCAGCAUAUGCCCAGGCCAGCAGCUGGCAGACUCCAUGCUCUUCCUGACGUGCGCUGCCGUUCUAUCAACCCUCACAAUCUCCCCAGUCCUGGAUGACGACGGCAGGCCUGUCAUGCUGACGCUCGGUGGGACAACUCAGGUUGUGAGGUGGGUUUCCCGUCGACAUCCUGCAAUCACAUCUCACGUUGAGCUGCUCUCAGCCGUCCUUUCCCGUUUGAUUGUGUCGUUCGGGCAAGGGAUGAGCGGGCUCGAGCUUUGA